AUAUGAAAAUACCGGUAUCUCCCUUCUUGGGAACAAAGGUCACACUUGCUGCUGGUUGAACGACCUGCAAAGAUGUCUCUGAGAAUACUCGUUGGGUGUAAGCGAGUUAUAGAUUAUGCUGUGAAGGUGCGUGUAAAACCAGACAAACUGGGUGUGGUCACAGAUGGAGUGAAGCACAGUAUGAACCCGUUUGACGAGAUUGCCAUGGAGGAGGCAAUGAGGAUGAAGGAGAAGAAGCUGGCAUCCGAGGUCAUAGCUGUGUCUUGUGGACCCCAACAAAGCCAGGAAACUCUCCGUACAGCACUAGCUAUGGGAGCUGAUCGGGCCAUACAUGUUAAAGUAGAGCCCAAAGAUUAUGAGACACUUCAGCCAUUCCAUGUGUCUAAAAUCCUGGCCAAGAUUGUUGAGGAGGAGAAGGUAGACCUUGUUGUAUUAGGAAAACAGGCUAUUGAUGAUGAUUGUAACCAAACUGGACAGAUGACCGCUGGUCUUUUAGAUUGGCCUCAGGGAACAUUUGCCUCAAAUGUGGAAAAAGUGGACAACAAAUUGAAUAUUUUACGAGAAAUUGAUGGCGGCUUAGAAACAGUAAAAGUGUCCAUUCCUGCUGUACUAACAGCUGAUCUCCGACUCAAUGAACCACGAUAUGCCACACUGCCUAAUAUAAUGAAAGCUAAAAAGAAACCUAUGGCAGUCAAGUCAGUGGCAGACUAUGGAGUUGAUGUAAGUCCACGUCAGGAAGUCCUCUCAGUGGAAGAUCCCCCUACCAGGGAGGCCGGUCAGAAAGUGGAGAGUGUAGAAGACUUAGUACAGAAACUCAAGGACGGAGGAUUUGUAUAGGACUACAUUGUUAGAUAUUUGGAGACAGAGAGCAAUUCUGGAGUUAUGUGGAUGUGAUUAAUUUUGUGAAUUUGUUGUUGAAAGAAAUUUACUGGACUUUUUUCAUUGUCACGAUCAGCAUGAUGUUUGUAUAUAUACAUGUAUAUACCGACGAAAAUCUGUGUAACAGAUGCAUUACCAAAUCAUAUUUAAAUUAUCUAAACAAAA